GGGGGGUGGUGGUGGUGGUGGGAAAGAUCCAUUGGAAGUCCGGUACCCGGUAUCGAUCGCUCACCCCAUCCAACGCUCGGGUCUCGUUCAGCCGCACCGACUUGCCGGGUUGCCGAUCGACGCUGCGCAUUCGGUUGCUUUCCCCUGGCCAUCUGGUGCCAUCUGGCGCUCCAUGGCAGCUGCUCUGGUCUGCGGAGCACUGCCGUCUGUAACACAAGAAAUCAUGGGAUGUGGGCAAGGGGUUUAGGCCACACCAGGCUUGUUCCUCUCAAAGACAAUCAUUCUGCUCGGUUAUGGACCCUAACCAGCAUGUUUAAUCUCUGGAAGUCCCUCCCUGUCUUCCCAAAGUUUUUAGUGACUAUUGUCUGACGUGAUCUGGAUGGGUUGUUCUUAGCUGUGACCUCUACCUGGUGUUGGUGAUUUGAAAUCCCUGGCCUCUGGAAGCUGUGAAUCCAUAGGGUUGAGUUCUGUAGCGAUGAAGAGCAUUGAUUCAAAGAAUGCAAUCCAAAUCCUGACUAGCCGUGAGCGUGGCUUCCAGGAGCUGGGCUGUCAAAGAUGCCUAGAGGAGCUGGUAGAGGACAAGACACGAUGGAUGCAAUGGGAAAGUCAGAAAGUCGAACUUCCAGACAGUCCCCGAUCAACUUUCCUCCUGGCAUUUAGCCCAGACAGGACAUUGAUGGCCUCCACCCAUGUAAAUCACAAUAUUUACAUCACUGAAGUUAAGUCUGGACGAUGUAUCCAUUCACUGGUGGGUCAUAGAAGAACUCCUUGGUGUGUGACUUUUCACCCCACCAUCCAAGGGCUUGUGGCAUCUGGAUGUCUGGAUGGAGAGGUUCGAAUCUGGGAUUUACAUGGAGGCAGUGAAAGUUGGUUUACAGAGAACAAUGUGGCCAUAGCAUCCUUAGCCUUUCAUCCUAUGGCACAACUCCUUCUGAUAGCUACUGCAAAUGAGAUCCACUUCUGGGAUUGGAGUCGGCGUGAGCCAUUUGCUGUGGUUAAAACUGCAAGUGAAAUGGAGCGAGUCAGACUGGUCAGAUUUGAUUCCUUGGGACACAACCUCCUGACUGCAAUUGUCAAUCCUUCCAACCAGCAGAAUGAUGACGAUGGUGAAAUUCCAUUGGAUAACGUUGAAACACCUCAGUAUCGCCAGCGAUCUUUCCUCCAAUCGCAGCCUGUCCGUCGAACACCACUGCUCCACAACUUUCUGCACAUGUUGUCCUCACGGUCAUCAGAUACUUCAACGGGAGAUCAGAGCCAGACUGAGGAGAACGCCUUGCCAGCAGGUGAAAGUGGUAGAACUUCCGUAUAUGCUGUUCUUCGUGACCGCUUCAGCUAUCCAGUACAGGAAUGUGUUCAUCACAUGGGGUUGGUUUGUUUUUGUAGUCGUUGCUCUGCACUGAGGUCAUCUUCUUCCUCUUCUGUACCCAAUGAAGACAGUACUCCUUCAACAUCCUCUUCUACCACCAACUCUACAUCUGCACGGACUGAGCCUCGUAUUCCUCCUGAAAGGCCUUUAUCCCAGCCCGACCCUCGUAUUCCCGACCGUCCCUCAGCAUUCAGUACUGUAAAUUAUGAGAAUUCUGGUAACUCUCUCCGAAAUCUCUCUGCAGCCACUAGCAGGAGGGGUUUAUUAGGGCACACGGCAUACCAGUCGGGAGGUUUGCAACAAUCUAAUACCACCCCAGGCUACAGGGACCAGAGUCCAAGGUUAAGUGGGUCUGAUUGGACAAGAACAAUGCUGAACGUAUCACCAAGGUCUGAAUUGGAAAGUAUGCCGCCUCCUAGAACUAGUGCAUCUUCUGUAAACUUGCUAUCUGUGCUAAGACAGCAGGAGACAAACACUCAACCUGUUUACACUUUCGCUUCUGAGGGGAGAGGUGUCUCUAGUCCUGGCACAAGUAAUAGUGUCAACACUGGUGCUAACAGCAGUAUGGAUGAAGAGAGACCGAACAACCAGUCCUCUGUCAGGAAUGUUCUCCAGUGCAACCUGAGCCGCUAUUUCAUGGAAAUGGACCGCUUCCAGGACGUGGAUCAGCGGGUUGGUGAUGAGUCCAAUCAAUCCCAGCAGGUGCAGGAGAUCCUAAAUAACAACAUAGAACUUAAUAGGGCUGGCCCAUCUCAGCAAAAUGCCGAAAACACUUCCAAUUCAUCAGGUGGACAUCUGAGUCGUUGUAGAGCCUGCCAUAACCUUUUAACUUUCAACCAUGACACUCAGCGAUGGGAGCGGACCACACAACUUUUUUCAUCAAAUGAGAGCAGCUCUUGGCAUGUGCCAAACAAUUACGAACCACUAGGGCAUGGAAGUAGCCAAUCCCCAAUGCCACCGAGUAGAGGGAUCAUGGGUAGGGCCCAUGGCUUGAGUAGCUCGGAAGGCAGAUAUACCCGUCAUGGGUCUGGCCAGCAGGGGGAGCGUACAAUGGGUCUAACGUUUAACAAUGAGACGGGACACUGGGAGCGGGUGUACAGUCAACCAACGUCAAACAGAAUGUCGAAUGUUUCACAAGAGGCCUUAAACCAAGAAAUGCCUGAAGAAAACUCAGAAGAAAAUUUACUGAGAAGGCGACUGUUGGAGUCCUCACUUAUUUCUCUGUCCCGAAAUGAUGGUUCGGGGUCAAGAGAGCACCCAAUUUAUCCGGAUCCAGCCAGAUUAUCCCCUGCCUAUUACGCCCAUCGGAUCAUCCAGUACCUGUCACGUAGGGACAGUAUUCGACAACGCUCGAUGCGAUACCAGCCGAACCGAAUGCGUGCCAGUUUGGAAAAUCCAGCGAGCAGCCCGGCCCAGCCCAUUGAUGGUGCUGAUAUGGAUUUUGAUGAUUUUGAGGAUGGUGGGGAGAGAUCACGCCAGCGAGCUCCAAGAAAUGCAAGAAUGACAGCCCCAUCACUGGGUCGCUUUGUUCCCCGGCGAUUUCUGCUGCCCGAGUAUCUACCUUAUGCAGGCAUCUUUCAUGAGCGAGGACAGCCUGGAUUAGCCACUCAUUCCUCUGUCAAUAGAGCCUUGGCAGGUGCUGUGAUAGGCGAUGGGCAGUCUGCAGUGGCCAGUAAUAUUGCCAACAUCACCUAUCGCCUCCAAUGGUGGGACUUCACCAAGUUUGACCUUCCAGAGAUAAGUAAUGCCUCAGUCAAUGUCCUAGUCCAAAACUGCAAGAUCUACAAUGAUGCAAGCUGCGACAUUUCAGCAGACGGGCAGCUUCUGGCUGCAUUCAUUCCCAGCAGUCAGCGUGGAUUUCCAGAUGAAGGCAUCUUAGCAGUGUAUUCCCUUGCUCCUCAUAACCUUGGAGAGAUGCUGUACACAAAACGAUUUGGCCCAAAUGCUAUUUCUGUCAGUUUGUCCCCAAUGGGCAAGUAUGUGAUGGUUGGCCUGGCCUCCCGGCGCAUCCUGCUGCACCCCUCCACUGAGCAUAUGGUGGCCCAAGUCUUCCGAUUGCAGCAACCCCAUGGUGGAGAAACCUCAAUGAGGAGAGUUUUCAACGUUUUGUACCCAAUGCCUCCAGACCAGAGGAGACAUGUUAGUAUUAACUCUGCACGCUGGCUUCCAGAGCCUGGGAUGGGCCUGGCCUAUGGGACCAAUAAGGGAGACCUAGUCAUUUGCCGGCCUGUAGCAUCAAAACUGGAGACUGAACACAAUUGGGAACAACUUUCAGAGCCUGUUUCCGCCCAUCACAGCAACAGGAACAAUGAGAGGCCUGGGCCGAAUAGAACUGCUUGGAGAACAGACCGAGAUAUGGGACUAAUGAAUGCUAUUGGUCUGCAGCCUCGAAACCCUGCCCCUUCUGUUACCUCUCAAGGAACCCAAACACCAUCGCCACAGCUACAGAAUGCGGAAACCCAGACAGACAGGGAUUUACAGGAAGCUACCACUUCAGGGACCAGCCAGGCAGCCAGCCAGUCUUCGUUGAGUGAAUCACAGCCACCACUAGUGACCACAGCCAGUCAGAUGGCGGAGGCCAGUGCUGGAACAAGUUCUGAUUGGCCCUUGGAGAAUGCAGGGGGCAGCUCCUCCUCUGCACAACAGACAGAUGCAGAACCCUCAGCACCAGGAGCCAGUGCAGCUUCAACAGGAGAUGCUCCAGAAUACAUUCCAGGAGAGGAUGCCUUGUCUCGCAUCCGCCGACUGAUCGCUGAGGGUUGGAUGACGGCAGUCGUACAGCGAGAGCAAGGCACCACCACUGCCUCCAUGGGAGGCUUUGGAAACAACAUUAUCGUCAGCCACCGGAUACACCGAGGCUCGCAGACGGGCAACGAAGCCCUGACCCGAUUGAGCGCGCACCCACCAAGUACCCUUGGCAGAACGGAAAUGGACAGUAGUUACAGUCAGAUUCUGGUGGACUCUGCUGUCCCCAGCAGCUCUAGCAGCUUAGUAACAGACUUCACAGAAAGUAACGAAAGGGAUCAGACAUUAGAACAGCUCAGCAGAAGUAGUGCCCUUGGGGAUGAUGGGAUCUUUGGUCAACAGCCCACCACUUCUACGGACACAGGUGCCCCUUUCCAUCCUGUCAGCGCACACAGCCCCCAUAUUGUUGACAAUACUGAUAAUCAUGGCACUGACGACAAGGGCUCAGACAGGAGGUAGAAUUAGGUGCUCUGCUGUUUGGGGUGAAAGAAACAAUAAAAUUGCAUGUCCCAUGAUUUGUAUGUGUAGAAUCUAGCUAAAACAGCCAAGGAAAUUCCACUUACUUGUUUUUAGUAGAAUGUGAUUUAAGUUUUUUUUCUUUUAUUUUUUUUGUAAACUGGUAACUUGUUAUUUUAGAGAAAUGAAAUCUAGUCAAGUGCAAGCAACGGAGACCUAUGUGAACACCAAAGAUCACAAUAACGAAUAAAAACUCUUUAAAA